GCUCUCCUUUCUCUCUCUUAAUACCCCCUUCGCUCUCACCUGAGAGACAGAACCCCACUUACAGAGAUACUAGCAGCACUAUCCAACCCAAACCACUGACAUGGCAACUGCAAGCUCCUCUGGACUGUCUAGCCUGGGAAGGAAAAAGAAGGCCCCUGGCCUUAUGGAUCAAAUUGGGAACUUCUUUGGAGGGGACAAGAAAAGGAAGAGCAAGGGUUCUUUCCGUGGCCUGUCCUCCUCUCCAGCCAGACCUGCCAAGGCAGCCCCUAAGGGUGGGGAGAACGCUGUUGUGCGCCUCUUCAGAACGAUCGUGUCCCCUGCCCCUCCUAAGUCUAGGUGGACGGCAAUGACUGCGAAACUAGGCCUGGGGUCUCAGAAGUCAACAGGAUCCGCUAAGGCAAAGAAGGCCGGUGCAGGGGACAGUGGAACCCUGUCCAAGAUCUUCAAAAUGUGAUGAUACCCAACAUUCAGGCGCAAGCCGGACUGGGUCUCUACCCAAAAAAUGAGGUCCCCUUUCAAGAGCACAAGGGCAGAUGUCAA